GGGGAGGAGGGGAGAGUAGAGGGAGAGGGAUCUAACCGGAUUAGUGGCCACUACAGUUUACCAGGCGUCUGUCUCUCUGCGUUCUGCAUGGGACGGUCGUGUGUGUGUGCGUGUGUGUGUGUGUGGUGUGUGAGCACUGCAGUUUUGCUCACACUGCAUGCUACACACAAGCCAGUGAGCCAUUCAUCUACGGAGUACACUUGUUUGAAGAUCUUUUUUACUCCAACCAACUUUUCUUUUUGGGACGUUUUCAUUUGACUUUUAACCGCUGUCAACAACUCUUCGCGUGGAUCUUUUUAAACAUUUAUUUAUUUAUUUAUAGGCCCUAUUAAUUUAUUUAUGAUCGUCUCACAAAAUAAAGUGUCUUUCAACACGCCAUGGCGGAUUAGUGAUAACAAUAGGGUUUAACGGACGUUUUGCCCUAAUUUUGUGUAUUUACAUAGAGAGUACAAGAAAGUUUCAGCAGCUUCGCUUUCACGGCUUCGCUAUCCGGAGCGGUGAUGCUGUGAACAGAGAACCAGCCUCCCCUUCCUCCCCUGCUGCCCGAUGCACCGGGAGGUGCGUCUCUCGCUCGUCUGUCUGUCCCCGAGGACACUGAGCCAGGGUCCCGGGGUUAGAUGGUGCUGAUCACGGACGACAGGGAUGGAGGCAGCUCCUCGACGCGCGGCAAACACGCACCACAUCUCCAGUCAGCGCAACAACAGCAGAAAGCUCCAGCCGGGAGAAGCAUCGCCCACGUCCACCCGGUCAUCGCGCCCGGUUCUGACCAGGACCAUACCUAUCUCAGCUCCUUAAGAGAAAGCGACGAACUAGAGGAUGAAGGGGACGAGGACAACGACGAUGACGAGUUCGAAGAGAUCGAUUUCGAGGACUUGGAUGACUCCCGCAGCAUCGCCUCGGACGACUCCUUCUACCCGCCGGAAGACGACGUGUUCGGCGGCACGCCGUCUCCGGAGUUCGCCGAGCCCCUGUCCCUGUACCAGGCGUGCUGCACCAACAACGCGGCGGUCGUGCGGAUCAUGGUGCGCCAGGGGGUGGACGAGGAAGAGGUUCGGAGGAGCGAUAGGAACCACCGGACGGGGCUCCUGGUGGCGUGUUACCAGGGUUACGUGGACGUGGUCAUCGCGCUCUCCCAGUGCCCUUAUCUGGACGUCAACUCGCAGGACACCGAGGGCAACACGGCACUCAUCACCGCCGCGCAAGCGGGCCACAUCCUGAUCACCAGCUACCUGCUAAACUACUUCACUGGGCUGGACCUGGAGAGGAGGAACUGUCACGGCUUCACCGCCCUGAUGAAGGCCGCCAUGCAGGGCCGGCUGGAGUGUGUGCGUGCGCUCACGAUGGCAGGCGCUGAUCUGAGCUCAAGGGACUAUGGCCGUAGCUUCACCCCAAGGGAGUGGGCUGUUUUCACCGGCCGCCACGAGACAGCCUGGCUGAUGGCGCGCCUCAUGGAGCGGCCCUGCCCCCUUCAGCUCUCUGACACGUACAGCAGCCUUGAGUGGCCCAAGCUGGCUCCCUUGGUCCUCAAGGCCAAGGAGAACCGCGGCUGCCUGAGGCGUCUGUCGGACACCGUGCGCCAAGCCUUCAACAUCGCCAACGUCACCGACCCCGAGGACCAGGGCGUCAUCGACCACCUGGUCACCGUGACAACCGCCAUGCGUAGUCCUUUCAUCGCGCUGGCCUGUCGAACGGUGUGUCCGGAGAGUCCCCCCUGCGUGGGCAAGCGACGCCACGCCGUGCCCGAGAUCCUGCGGCGGCAGCGCGCCAAAGACCUGCGCCUCAACCCGGAGCGGCUGGACGCCGACCUCCGGCUCUUCCAGAACUCCCGGCUCACGCUGGUGGCCAAGGGCUCGGCCGAGCGCCGGGCCAGCCUCCAGCCCCAGGCUCUCCCCGACCGGUGGCCCAGCCUCAGCGCCGCCCCGGCCGCCGCCUCGGCGACUGCGGCCUCGGGCGCGGCGGCCGCGGGGAACGCGGUGGAGCUCCGACGCACCAGCCUGCUGCCCAUCCACCUGAUGCUGCGGCGGAGCAGCGUGCGGCCGGGCCACAGCGUCCCCAAGGUGAGGGUGUCCAAGGCGCCGGCGCCCACCUACGAGCCGGAGAAGGUCCGCCGGCGGAGCAGCGGCAGCAGGAACAGCCCCGACGGGAGGUGCCUGCUGCAGAUCCCCAAGUGGAGGUACAAGGAGCUGAAGGAGGAGCGGAGGAGGGCCGAGGAGGCGGAGAGGAGGAGGCUGGAGGCGGCGAGCGAGAAGCAACUCGUCACCGCCGCCAGAGGGAAUAAAUAGAGAGAGGAAGUGAUGUGAGGAGGCACGGGGAUGUAAAGGGAAAGGAAGGGACGUCAGGGAGACGUAAACAGACCGAGGCCGCAGAGAGGAAGCGAGCGGCGCAAGGAGGAGAAUGGAAAACGGUACCGAUAUGGAUGUUGAGAAUUCAGGGGAUUUUUUUUAUGCUAGGCCAACCAAAAACAAGGUUAACAUCGAAAUAUUUAUAUUUAUAUAUUUAUAGAGACACACAUGGGUCCUAAACGCGCCAACAGUCUUGAAUGUGUAUGACAUGACAGACAAAUGAUGCACCUCUGGGAAGAUCAAGCAAAUGCAAACGUUGCGUUGACCAGCUCUAUUUUGAAUCGCUACCGUGAUUCGAACUGAAGUGUUACACAGAGAGAUGUACGAGGCCCUGAUGAGAUUCAGAAUCAAGCUGCAAUAAGGAGAGAAGAGGCUCAAGGUCAAUGGUUAGAUAUAUGGGACUCUCUACUUGAACAGUUUCCUACUAACUUAUUUUUUUUCUUUUAUUUAUUGCUUUCAGAUGGAAUUUAUUGCUUUCAAAUUGUCUUUUAUUUUGGUUACCCACAGUGUGCUAGUGAUCGUUUGACCCAAGUGAAUUCAAUACUCUCUUUCUGUAUCAAACUAGAACAAGCAUUUGUUCACCUUGUUUUUCCUUACAAAGGAGCAGUACCUUUAUAAAGACUUUAAUGACCUAAAGUCUCAAAUAACUUUAUAGGUUUUACAGUUGCGGCAUGUCAUAGUUUAUUGAAUUCAAAUAAUGUUUUCAUAGAUAUUUUUGCUUUGAUAUCCAAUACAAGAGUGUAUUUUGCAUACUGUACUUUGUAUUUUUAUAUAUAGAGAUUUAAGCGCUUUUUUUGUUAACAUUUUAGACAUUUAAAGGAUUUUAAAUGGAAGAGAUUUUUGGAACAUGCUAAUUGAAAUCUGUGAACCGCUAAGUUUUUGUCCUCUCAUGACCAGAACCAAACAAUGUAAAACACUGUUUUCCUGCGACACUUUAAAUUGUUAAAUGUGGAUUCAUUUAAUAGUUGAUUGUUUAAUCCAUUAUCAAUUGUUUACAGUAGAGUAUUUUUAACACUGAUGAUAAUUAGAACUUUACGAAUGAUCAUUCGUCAACAGGGGAGAACUCAGUUCAAAUGAGAUAAAUAAAGUGCGUGUCCAUCAAAGAUA